AUGUCAGAACUUUCCAAGACGACAGACUUCAAGUCUCUAGGCCUAUCAAAAUGGCUUACGGAAUCUCUGAAGGCCAUGAAAAUUACUCAGCCUACCGCCAUUCAAAAGGCUUGCAUUCCUAAAAUUCUGGAGGGAAGAGACUGUAUUGGUGGUGCUAAGACGGGUUCUGGUAAGACCAUUGCAUUUGCAGGACCUAUGCUGACCAAAUGGUCCGAGGACCCAUGCGGGAUGUUUGGGGUGGUCUUGACCCCCACCAGAGAACUGGCCAUGCAAAUAGCUGAACAGUUUACUGCACUUGGUAGCAGCAUGAACAUAAGAGUAUCCGUUGUAGUCGGUGGUGAAAGCAUUAUUCAACAGGCUUUGGCUUUGCAAAGAAAGCCACACUUCAUCAUCGCUACGCCCGGGCGUUUGGCACAUCAUAUCAUGAGUAGCGGGGAGGAUACCGUAGGAGGGCUAAUGAGAGCUAAAUAUUUAGUCCUGGAUGAAGCUGAUAUUCUUCUAACCAGUACGUUUGCUGAUCACUUGGCCACGUGUAUAGGAGCCUUGCCUGCCAAGGAUAAGAGACAAACCUUACUGUUCACUGCUACCAUAACGGACCAGGUAAGGUCGUUGCAAGAUGCGCCGGUGCAAGAGGGGAAACCUCCAUUAUUCGCGUACCAAGUGGAAAGCGUGGAUAAUGUGGCUAUUCCAUCAACACUGAAAACAGAGUAUAUCUUGGUCCCAGAACACGUCAAAGAAGCAUAUUUGUACCAAUUAUUAACAUGUGAAGAAUACGAAAACAAGACCGCCAUAAUAUUUGUAAAUAGAACUAUGACUGCGGAGAUCUUAAGGAGAACUUUGAAACAACUGGAAGUCAGGGUGGCAUCGCUGCACUCUCAGAUGCCUCAGCAGGAAAGAACAAAUUCGUUGCAUAGAUUCCGUGCUAAUGCCGCAAGAGUCCUGAUCGCUACAGACGUGGCUUCCAGAGGUUUGGAUAUCCCAACCGUCGAGCUUGUAGUGAAUUACGAUAUCCCCUCAGACCCAGAUGUAUUCAUCCACAGAUCAGGUCGUACUGCGCGUGCCGGUAGAAAUGGUGACGCUAUAUCUUUUGUCACGCAGAGAGACGUUUCCAGAAUACAGGCCAUCGAAGACCGUAUCAACAAGAAGAUGACAGAGACAAACAAGGUUCAUGACACGGCCGUUAUAAGAAAAGCCCUAACUAAAGUAACCAAGGCGAAGAGAGAAUCGCUGAUGGCAAUGCAAAAGGAAAAUUUCGGUGAAAGAAAAAGGCUUCAAAAGCAGAAGCAUAUCGACAGCAAAAGUAUGCGCUCUUGA